UUGUAAAACAGAAGGGCUGUUUUCUAGGUCAACAUAUAUUCAUCCUCUUUAAAUGAAUAUGACCUUGAUACUCCAAAUUAUGCUUAAAUUGGUUAUAUUUAUAUCAUUAAUCCUUGAGGAAGAAGUGAAAUCAUCAAAACGUUUACAAAUCUAUUUUCCGUUAACAUGGACAAAAGUUAGAAAAAAUUUUGGUAUACCAAUUAGUGUAAAAUAUAUUUCAUUAUCACAAAUGUAUUAUUGGACAUCUGAUUGGUCAAAUGAAAAAAGUUGGAAAUAUUUAUAUAUGGCAAAUUAUGAACCACCUUUAUAUAUUAAAGAAGGCUAUUGGAUACCAGAUUCAUUCAAAACAAUUUGUUCCCCAGAAGCAACAUAUAAAAGUUUUCUUGAUAUGAUAUAUGAAUUUACUCAAGAAGAUUAUGAUAAACGAUAUUCUAAUUCGUUGAGAAAUUAUUUUACACGAACUGGAAAAUAUUAUGAUGGUGGAUAUUUGAAUAUACUUUCAUUUCUAGUUAAUAUAUGUCAGUGUUUACGUCAACGUUAUACACAUCUACACUGUCCAAAUCCUUGUUAUAAGCCGAAUAUAUGUUAUAAUGAUGAAAACAGUAAUGGUUUAUGCAUAGUUAUAUCAAGUGAUGAACCAAUAAAAUUGUUACCAACAAAUGUUCGAGUUAAACUUGGUUCAGUUUAUGCCUAUGAUUAUGAGUGUGCAUGUAUUGAUCAACAUGUGUUCAAUCAUACUUUGAAGAAAUGUGUACCAGUUGAGAAGAAAUGUGAUUCUUCUGUAUGUUUCAAUGAUGGAAUCUGUAAGUAUGUACCAAAAGAAGAAAGAAUAAUUCCAGAUAUUGAAUUUUCUUGUAUAUGUCCACCAGCUUGGAAGGGAUUAGCAUGUAUUGAACCAAGGGAUCCUUGUCUGGAGACUCAAGGAUUAUGUGGACAGCAUUAUUGUUAUCGUGAUCCAAGUAAUCUUAAACUUGGUUACAGAUGUGCAUGCCCAUUUGGAUUUAAAGCGAUCAGUUCAACAAAACCACAAUGUGUUAAUAUAAAUGAAUGUAUUGAAUAUUCAGAUGAAGUAUGUUUAAAUGGUGGAAUAUGCAUUGAUAAAGAACCAUCAUCAGUUGUUAGUCUAGGAUUAACAGAACCAAAUUUAGGAUAUAUAUGUCUAUGUCGAGAUGGUUAUUCAGGUUCACGUUGUGAGCGUAGAAUAUCACUAAUAGAGUGGACUACAUGGUCUGCCUGGACAGAAUGUUCAGUAAAAUGUGGUAUUGGUUUUCAUACACGUUUUCGUAGUUGUCCAUUACCAAAUCAUUGUACUGGUUCACAUAUACAAACUGGUAGAUGUCAAGGUCCUGUAUUCCAAUGUUAUGAUGAAAACGAUGAAGAAAUACCAGAAUUAAGUCAAUCAGGAUGGAAAAUUUUAAAAAGUUGGGGUAUUGAAUGGCACCCGGAUGAUGGUCACUCACUAAAUGAUGCAUUUUAUUGGAAUGAAGCUGAUGACGAUUGGGGAAGUCUGCAUUACACCCAUCCGGGUACUGUUAAUCUGUUCGAUAUCUUAGAAUGGACUCAAGCACUACAAUUAACUCGUAAAUGGACAAUUAGAGAACUGUUAGUGUUUCAUUCAAUCAUAUUAGCUGUAUUAUUUACGCCUUUAUGUUUAAUUGUAUUUGGUUUGGCUAAAAUGAUUCAGCGCGUUCUAUAUGCAAAAAGAAUAAGAUUAAGAAGAUAGUGAAUAGAUGGGUCUUGAAGUUGUAUUCACUUUUCCUCGUUCGUUUUCUUCCACACUUAACCUUUUUCCAUGUUUUGUUGCGUGACAUUGAAUAAAAUCCUCGUAAACUGUGUAA